AGUCAUCCUUCUUAAAAUCAUAUAACCCAUGUUAGUACUAGCUUAAUACUUUCUUUUGAUUAAGAAAGAAAGAAAGAGAGAGAGAGAGAGAGAGAGAGAGAGAGAGUGAGAGAGAGAGAGAGAAAGGAGGAGAUGGGGUGGGAGUGGUAGGGAGGAAGGCAGAGUGAUAGAAAAAAAAAAUAAGAGAAAGGUAAUGGCCUUAUAUGAGUGCGCCGAUAGAAAAUAUUUAAAACACAAUCAAUCGACAUAAUAAAUAAACAAAUUCUGGAUCAUGUCGUCCGAAUGGAUAUCCAUAGAGUCGAAAAAUAAUACGAAAGAUCUAUAUCGUUAAAGGAUAAAGAAUUUUUUUUUCUUAUCCCUGUGGAUCGUCCGUCCAUCCGUACGUCCCGUUUCAUUGCGUCGUUACGUUGACUGGAGGAGGAUUGAAGAAGAAAGGAAGAAAAAACAAAAAAAAAGAGAAAAAGAAAAAAACAAAGGAAAAAAAAGAAGAAUAAUUUCAUCGAAAUUACGAUAAAAUUAUGGCAUCAUCGAGGUGACGUCAUCGAUCGCAAGGAAAAAAAACAAAACGAACAAACAAAAACAGAAGAAAGAGGACGAAGAAGAUUUUUCUUUCUAAUAAGGAUCUCUUCGUUUUUUAUUUAUUCUUUUUUUUCUUUCUUUCUUUCUUUUUUUUUUUUUUUUUUUCUCUCUCUCUAUCACCAACACCGUUAGAAUUAGAAUCCAAAUGAUUUCAAGAUCGACGUCGAAGGGACAGAGACGUCUUCCAAUGGAUCGAGAUGAAGCUGAACGAUAACAUAACAAUGGAGGCCUGCAACAUAUGGGGAAACGUUUGCCCGCAAAUAUGCCGUCGGCCAAAAAUCGGCGAUAUACCGAAAUACGACGCAGUAGACGAGGAAUCACCGGGCUCGUCCACGAAGAAACUGACGGUUUCACCGUCGGAAAUCGAAAAGAACUUACCUUUGGAAAUACCAUUGGAAUCGAAGAUAGAAAAUCCUGUUUAUCCUUUGACAGUGACAUCCAAUCGAGGGGAAAUAUAUCCAGGCACGAGGAUUAUCGAACAAAAAAGAGAUGACGAACCGUUAAGGUGUCAAGUAGAAAAAACCUUUUCUCGUAUGUCAACAGGCGAAAUCCUGGAUCCUUACGAUUUGAAAAAGGAACGAAAGGAGAUUCUUUAUGAUACGCGUUUGAAAAAUAACGAGAGUAUCAUCGAAAAACAGUUGUCAACGGCGAUACCCAUCGACAAGAUAUCUUACGAUUUUGAAAAAAGAUCCGAAUUGCAUAUAGAAAGGAUCGCUAAGGAAUUCGAAGAUCCAAAAUGGAGGAAUGCGUCGUCGUCUCUUAGCUCGGAUAACGUCAGGAUACCGUCCAGUCCGGAAGAGACGUCGGAUUCGGAGAUAAUCGAGGUACGAAAGGACAGUGCGUUAUUUCUCGAGGAGGCCGAGGGUUUCGAUCAACGUGAAUUUGCAAGAAGGUAUAGCUCGUUGAGAUUCUCAAGGCCACGUAGAGAAAGCAGCGGAUACUCUAGUAAUCUUGGGACAUUCGACGAGGACAGAAGGAACUCGACUAACGUAGACGUUCUACAAGAUUUAUUAAAGGAAAGACGUAGAUCAUCGGCGAAACGUAACAAUUCACGAUUUGGAGAAGACGAAUCUCGUUACUCAAUCGUCCCGAGCAAUAACAAUAACGUUUUAGAAAGGAUGCCGACUACUGAGAUCCAUAGGAAGCUUUCGAGCUCGGGUUUGGAUAUGCCUGACAUCGAGGAAGUUAAAGAACUUGUUAAGGACGAUUCAACUUCGUCCUUAUCGCAGGAAAAUCUUGAUGGAAAUCUUGUCGAUCAUGAAAACCAGCAAUCUCGAAAUCCGUCGAUUCCUUCAACAAACGAGACUUCUACUAUUACUAUCACUACUACUACUUCUACUACUACUACUACUACGAUUACAACUACAGCUACUAGUUCGUGCGAUAAAUCCUUCGAAUCGGAUAAUUGUCGUACGAUGGAAACGACAGGACGUACAAUUGUUUGCGAUCCGUACGAUUCGACGAGUUUAAAAGAGGCCAUCGCGGUAUUGGUUACAAAAAGGGAUGAAGAUGUUAAAUCUAAUACGACAAUAAAAAGUGAAAAUCGCGAGAGGGAAUCGAACAACGAUAAGAAAACUUUUGAAAGAUUUCGUGAGGAAUCAAGAUGCGAAUCCUCGAAGGAUGAGAAUAAAAGUGGGAUUGAAAACGAGGGAAGAUACGAUAGAAGAGAAAGGAGAAGAAUGAAAUCGAUCGAGAUCGAAAAUCGGGAAUCAAAUAUGACGGAUAUUUUUUCAAGGUCGGCCAAAGUUUAUCGUUUUAUAUCAACGCAAUCGGAGGACCAAGUGGACGAGAGAUUGGAGAACAUAGAUGUUUGUUCGCAAGAUAGAAGGAUCUCGUUGCAGAUAACGGGAGGAGCAGGAGAAGGAGGAGAAGGUGAAGUAAGAGCUGGAAGAGAUGACGAGGAGAAAAGGAAAGAGGAAUCGAGGGAGCCGAUUUUUAAAUUAUCCGAGUAUAGAUCGAGUACGACGAAUGUCGUCGAGUCAACGUGUACAAGAAUCGUUGGAUCGAUCGACGACGAUAAGGGAAAUGAUGCUAAUAAUAUCGAACGAGUAGUCGUUUCAAGGAACGUAUCUGGAGUUACCGCUUUAGCUGCACCAUCGUCAUUUAGAAAAUUGUCCUCUUCCGUUGGCGAGCUAAGUUAUGGUGGUGGUUGUGGUAGUACUACUACUACUACUACCACUACUACUACUACUACUACUGCUACUACUACUAUUGCUACUACUACUACUACUACUACUGCCACUACUACUACUCUUCAUCGUGUACUCCCAGACGUUGCUCCUGUCUCGGUCAGACCUAUAUAUCCUUAUUGUCCUUAUUCUCCUUACGGUAGUCCCCAGGGAUCGCCGAGGAAUCGGAGGAGACCUCUCAGGGAGAGUAGGAGAGUUUCCAUCGAUAACACUCAAGGUGGAUUACAGUUGAACCAGUACAGAUUGUUGGACAAUAUCGGACAGGGUUCAUACGGUAUCGUAAAGUUAGCUUACAACGAGGAAGACGAUACACACUAUGCGAUGAAGAUAUUAAGCAAAAGGAAACUGAUGAAGAAGGCUGGUAUUUUCGGUAGAAUGGCACCCGGUAGAAAGGGUACCGCGGAUCCUUUGGCUAAGGUAUACAGAGAGAUAGCUCUAUUGAAGAAACUGGAUCAUCCGAACGUCGUCAAGUUGGUCGAAGUACUCGACGACCCGGAUGAGGAUAAUCUUUACUUGGUAUUCGAGUUGGUACAGAAGGGAGAAGUUCUACAGAUACCAACCGACAAGCCGCUCGAUGAGGAUACAGCAAGGAAGAAUUUUCGGGACGUCGUUAUGGGUGUCGAAUAUCUACAUUAUCAACGAAUAGUACAUCGCGAUAUUAAACCGAGCAACCUUCUGGUGGAUAGCGAUGGGCGCAUAAAGAUCGCCGAUUUGGGUGUUAGCGCGGAAUUAAGGACAUCCGGAGAAUUGUUAUCUGGACCAGCCGGUACACCGGCUUUCGCAGCACCGGAAACAACCACGCCCGAUGCUCAUUAUUCCGGAACGCCAUGCGACGUUUGGUCAAUGGGCGUGACACUUUAUUCCCUGGUUACCGGAAGAGUACCUUGGGACGGUGCAGGAAGUAUAAUAGGCGUUCAUGCUGCCAUACGUUCGGAACCUUUAAAAUUUCCAGAGAAUCCGACCCUCUCGAAGGAUCUAAAGGAUCUCAUUGUAAGGAUGCUGACGAAGGAGCCAACCGAGAGAAUAUCAUUGCAAAGAUUGAAGGAACACGAUUGGUUAACGGAUACUGGAAAGGAUCCAUUGCCGAGCGAAGCGGACAAUUGUCGACUUCCGGUUACGGUUACCGACGAGGAAGUAGAAAGAGUCGUAACCAAAGUACCCAAACUGGACACAUUGAUUCUCAUUAAGAAAAUGCUCAAGCAGCAUAGUUUUCAAAAUCCUUUUCUACCGAAGAAAAUUAGUAGAACUUUAGGCAACGACGGUGACCCAGUGACGGAGUCUUCUCUACCUUUAGAAAGGACUACGGAAUCCUUGGUCCAACGUUCUGUUACACCGAGAAACAUCAAAACCGAGAGAUUUCAGAGAUCAGGUAGAAGCAAUUCGGCACCGGAUUCGUACGAUUGGCAGGCUAAUAACAGGCAAAUAUCAAUGGAGAGUCCUUUGCCCCCAGUGACGGAAGCGUCGAAUCAAGAAGCGGAAAUUGAGAGGCGGUGAUACGUUCGUCAGUAACACGCUCGAUAAUUAAUUAAAAGCAGCUGUGACGAGAUCGUAGACGAAUGUUCGUCUCGAUUGAACCAACGAAAAUCAUUCUUCCACGAAAGUCUUAUCGAUCUUUAUCGCUCGUUAUCUUUUGUUCUUUCUUUCUUUAUAUGAACAUGAGAUAAGAUAGGGAAAUAAUAAUAAUGUUAAUAUUAAUAUUAAUAAUAUAAAUAAAUAAAUAAAUAAAUAAAUAAAUAAAUAAAUAAAUAAAUA